AUGUCUGCUUUCGUCGACGGCCAGGGCCAUUCCAACGUCCUGCCGCUGCCCAAGUGGACGCUCUUUGUCCGCAUCGCCCAGCUCGUCCUCGCCUUCCUCCUGCUCGUCCUCACCGCCUACGCCGCCUCCAAGCUCGGCUCCGGCGCCGCCGGCUUCGGCCUCACCUGGUUCACCUUCAUCUUCACCGUCCUCUACUUUGUCUGGCUCGGCGUCAGCCUGGCCGCCGUCCCCGCCCUCUACCACCCCAUCGCCCACAUCCCCGUCGAGAUCUUGCUCAACAUCUUCUGGCUCUCGACCUGGGCCGUCCUCGCCAGCGAGGCCACCUCCAUCGGCAACCUCGAGCACUACCUGGGCUCCUACUACACGAGCCGCAUCCCCAGCGCCUACCGCAACGCCCUCAACUGCGUCAAGGCCGCCGCCGCCCUCGGCGCCCUGCUGUGGGUGCUCUUCUGCGUCACCCUCGUCUUCCUCGUGCUCGCCUUCCUCGAGUGGCACAAGAACAGCGCCACGGCCGCCGCCGGCGCCCCCGCCGGUGCCGCCAAGGUCGACACCGAGAUGCAAAACUACAACAACGGUGCCGCCGCCGGCGUCCCGCCCCAGGGCGCCCCCAUCGACCCCGCCACGGGCUACCCGGUCCAGCAGCACCAGCAGCAGGCCGUCUACCCCCAGCAGCCGCCGCAGCAGCAGGCCUAUGUUGACCCCGACCAGGUCCAGCAGCCGCCCUACGCCGGCGGUGUGCCCCCCGUCCAGCAGUACCAGGAGCAGCCCGUCACCGGCGCCCAGCCGCCGCAGCACCCGACUGCGUAA